CAUGAUCGGCACGUGUGGCCUCCACUUCUCCUCUCAUUGGUCGUAAACUCGUAAUUAGCCGAUUCCUUCUCCAAAGUAUCUCACAUUUUGGUUACUGCACACUCUACUUUCUCUUUCUUCACUCUCUCAUCAAAACAAAAAAGUUUUUUUGGUUAGUUAAGACAUUGCUUUACAGCUCAAUUGCGUCUUCUUCCUCUGUCCUAUUCUUGCUUCUUCUUCUUCAUCUUCCUCCUCUCGGAUCCAUUUCGAGGAGUCUCUUUUUGUUUCUUGAAGAUAGACUGGGCGUCACGGAGCAGCUGAGUAUAUGCUACGAGUGUUGCAUUCCGGAGGCUGUUCUUUCAGAUGAUUGGCAGUAGCUAUAUUAUGCUUGAACGGUGCCAUAAUGGGCAUCUGUCUGAUGAAGCGCUGCUGCUCAUGGCUUCUUUUGAUCUCAUUGCUUUCAGCACUAACGAAUGAAAUUGAAGCAAUUAGUCCUGAUGGUGAGGCGCUUUUGAGUUUUAGAAGUGGAGUUGAGGCUUCUGAUGGUGUCAUUGGUCAGUGGAGACCAGAGGAUCCUGAUCCAUGUAACUGGAAGGGAGUGACCUGUGAUGCGAAAACAAAAAGAGUUAUAGCCUUGAGUCUUACAUAUCACAAAUUAAGGGGACCUUUAGCCCCUGAGCUUGGAAAGCUGGAUCAGUUAAGGCUUUUAAUGCUUCACAACAAUGCGUUAUAUCAACCAAUACCUGCCUCAUUGGGGAAUUGCACGGCAUUAGAGGGAAUAUACUUGCAGAAUAAUUAUAUCAGUGGGGCAAUCCCAAAUGAAAUAGGAAACCUGUCCGGGCUGAAAAACCUGGACAUCUCAAACAACAAUCUCCAGGGAGCUAUCCCUGCUUCACUUGGGCAGUUGAAAAAGCUUACUAAAUUCAAUGUCUCAAACAAUUUCCUGGAGGGACAAAUACCUUCUGACGGCCUACUCGCUCGACUUUCGAGGGACUCCUUCAACGGAAAUCUUAAUUUGUGUGAAAACAAAUCGAUGUUGUGUGCAAUGACAGUGGAAAUUCUACAGCUUCUGGGUCUCCAACAGGCCAAGGAGCUUGGUAGAGUUGAGAGUAAAAGCCUUGUGAUAGAUGUCGGUGGAGGUGCUUCUAUAGUGAUGUUCCAUGGAGAUUUGCCCUACGCUUCCAAAGAUAUUAUCAAGAAACUGGAAUCUCUUAAUGAAGAGCACAUAAUAGGCUGUGGAGGCUUUGGAACAGUGUACAAGUUGUCGAUGGAUGAUGGCAAUGUUUUUGCACUGAAAAGAAUUGUAAAGUUAAAUGAAGGUUUUGAUCGCUUCUUGCUAUAUGAUUACCUUCCUGGUGGUAGCCUUGAUGAAGCUCUACAUAAGAGAGGCGAGCAGCUGGAUUGGGAUUCGCGCGUAAAUAUCAUAAUAGGAGCGGCAAAAGGCACAUUCGGUUACUUGGCUCCAGAGUAUAUGCAAAGCGGUAGAGCGACUGAGAAAACCGAUGUUUACAGUUUCGGGGUUUUGGUUCUUGAAGUCUUGAGUGGUAAACUUCCCACGGAUGCCUCCUUCAUCGAGAAAGGCUUUAACAUUGUUGGUUGGCUAAACUUCUUAAUCAGCGAAAACCGUGCAAAGGAGAUUGUUGAUCAAAGCUGUGAAGGAGUGGAGAGAGAGAGUCUUGAUGCUCUUCUAUCAAUAGCAACGAAGUGUGUGUCGUCAAGUCCAGAUGAGCGGCCAACAAUGCACAGAGUCGUCCAGUUACUUGAAUCCGAAGUUAUGACUCCUUGCCCCAGCGACUUCUACGAUUCUAGCUCGAUGAUCUCACUUCCACAAAGUCUUCUCUUUCAGAGUUCCAUUCCAGUUUUACAAUGUUCCGAGAUUGGUGAAAGCCCUCAUUUGAUCUGAACAUGAAAUUAAAAUGUAUAUGACCAUCCAUUGUAGAAACAAUGUUCCUCUAAAUUAAUUUAUCUGCCAUACUUUGGCCUUCUUGUUUGCUUUCUUAGAUAUUUGAAAAUGAAACCAAUCAUAUAAU